GGGAGAGAUUCGUUUUUCGAUAAAAAGUAAGCAUUUUAUUAUAGAGCGUAGAGAAUAAGAAAUACGAAAAAAAGAAAGAUUCUCUUUUUCGAUAAAAAGUAAGCAUUUUAUUGAUAGAGCGUAGAGAAUAAGAAAUAAGAAAAAGGAGAGAGAGAUUAUUAUUUAUUAGUAUGAGGGAUCAAAAAGAAAAAUUUGUUGAUUCAUUAUCAUCCUCUUUUUCAUCGACUUCCUCUUUAGGUUGUGAGAUAAUUAGUGGGCCAUCAUCAUCAUCAGUAUCAUCAACAGUCUUAGAUGUUGAUGAUGAUCAUCUAGGAAGUGAUCAACGGCUGAGAUUUGUUGAUGCAGGGGAGAAUGAUAAGAGUGGUAUGCAUUGGAAAGAAGUUGAGAAGCGGUUCGACCGGAUUGCUGAAUCAGUCACUACCAUUGAUGCCUCACAUUUUGGUCAUUGCAUAGGCAUGCAACAAACUUCACAAUUUGCUGAUGAACUUCUUCAAGCAUUACGAAGAAAUAAUCACAUGAACACCAACCUUACCAAAAGGGAGCUUAAUGGCUAUUGGCAUCGCCUCACUGAUCCUUCCUUCGAUUCUUCCAUGCAAAUCCUUUUUGACAUGUGUGAUAAAGAUAUGGAUGGAAAAAUUACCACAGAAGACUUCAAACAGAUGAUAAUGUUGAGUGCUUCUACUAAUAAAAUGGGCAUGAAGCAAGAGGAAGCUGAGCAUUUUGCUGCUAUGAUUAUGCAAGAAAUUGAUACUCACCAAGAGGGCUAUAUCGAGCUAUAUCAGUUAAAGGAGCUCUUCAAAACAGCCUUAACAAAAGAGUACCUCUCAGUUGAACAUAAAUUAACACAGUACUCCACAACUUCAACUCCUGAUGAUCAUAGCAUAUACCAAGAUAAUGAACAUGAAAAACAAGGACGCAUGAUAAAGUCUUUGCCAGAAAUCUUAUUUAGAACAUACUGGCGACGUUUUUGGAUAGUAACACUUUGGGUAGUGGUUUGCAUUAUUCUAUUUUCAUGGAAAUUUAUUCAAUAUAAGCAUAGAGCUGCCUUCCAAGUUAUGGGAUAUUGCCUAAGCACAGCUAAAGGUGCUGCUGAAACUCUCAAGUUCAACAUGGCUCUUAUUCUUCUCCCUGUUUGUCGUAAUUUGGUGACAUGGCUGAGGAGGAGCCCUCUUAUUAGCUCAUUUGUUCCUUUCAAUGAUACUAUCAACUUCCAUAAGUUAAUUGCAGGAGGAAUAGUGAUAGGGGUCAUCCUACAUGGAGGUACUCACCUUGCCUGUGACUUUCCAAGGAUAACACAAAGCAGCCCACUAGUUUUCCUAAGAACAAUUGGGAACAAAUUUAGGAACCACCAACCCUCAUAUCUACAAGUAUUAUGCACAACUGAGGUUGUAACAGGGAUUGCCAUGGUCAUAUUAAUGGCUAUUGCAUUUUCUCUAGCAACUAGGAUGCCUCGCCGCCAGCCACCAUCGUUGCCUCAGCCAAUUCGCCGGGUGACGGGAUACAACACGUUUUGGUACUCCCAUCACCUUCUCAUCAUUGUCUAUGUUUUGCUCAUCAUCCACUCUAUGUUCCUCUUCCUUGUCACUAGUUUUGCUCAGAAAACGACAUGGAUGUACCUAGCAAUUCCAGUUUUACUAUACUCUGGUGAGCGAAUCUAUCGAAGCAUAAGGUCAGAGAUUCAUGAAGUUAAUGUUAUUCAGGCCAAUAUGUACCCAGGAAAAGUUUUACACUUGAAGUUGUCCAAACCAGCAACAUUCACAUACAGGAGUGGCAUGUAUAUAUUCAUCAAGUGUCCCCAAGUUUCCCCGUUUGAAUGGCACCCAUUUUCACUAACAUCUGGACCAAAUGAUAAUCACCUAAGCAUUCAUGUUAGAAGUCUCGGAGACUGGAGUUACCAAAUGCAUAAUCUUUUCCAUGAGCAGGCAAUGAUCUCGAAGCCAUUCGAUUAUCCUAAAGUUUACAUCGACGGUCCAUAUGGAGCUGCUUCUCAAGAUCAUAUUAAGUAUGAAGUAGUUGUACUCGUUGGCCUUGGCAUAGGAGCAACACCUUUCAUUAGUGUCCUCAAAGACAUUAAAGAUAGGUUUCACAAACCACCUUCAAAUCAUGCAAAUGAUGAAGAUACUUUCACAAGUGGUCCUUUAAAGGCCUAUCUUUAUUGGGUCACUAGGGAUCAUGACUCCUUAGGCUGGUUCAUAGAUGCCAUGAAGGAAAUCUCACAAGCAACUCAAAAACAGAAAGUGAUAGAAAUGCACAGCUUUCUUAGUAGUGUAUAUCAAAGUGGGGAUGCUAGAUCAAUCUUGCUAAGCAUAAUUCAAGCAUUGUAUUUCGCGAAGAGUGGCCUUGACGUUUUCUCUCAAACCCAGGUGCGAACACACUUUUCUCGACCAAAUUGGUUCAAAAUAUUCUCAAGUUUAGCACGUAAACAUGCAGGAUCACAUAUCGGGGUAUUCUAUUGUGGUUCAUCGAAUCUAGGGAGGGAGCUGGAGGGUUUGUGCACCAAAUUUUCUACCAGAACCACAACAAGAUUUGUCUUUCAUAAAGAGAACUACUAGAGACCUUUUAUUUUAGGAAAAAUUGUCGAUAGAGGUCUGAACUUUGGGCGAUAAUUUUUAAAAGGUUUGAACUAUUGAUUAACCUGUGUAGCUCCCAACUUUAUGGGGUCUUAACUUUUAGCGGGCCUCGGUGACUUAAAACUGGCGAUUUUUUUUAAAAUCUCACCUAGUUCCUACUUCCCUCCCUCAAUUAACCCUUCUGGUGUGACCCAAGUUUUACAAGUUAUGACCUAUUAAGCCAGUUACAAGUCACUAAGGCCCGCUAAAAGUUAAUACCCCCUAAAGUUGGGACCUACACAGGUUAAUCAAUAGUUUAAACCUUUUAAAAAUUAUCACCCAAAGUUGAGACCUCUACGGCUCUACCGUCAAUUUUUCCUUUAUUUUAUUUCAUUUUAUGAGUUGUAGUUUAGUUUGAUACUACCAAAAUAAGGAGUGGAUCGUUCAUCAUAGGAGUAUAAAGAUAUAAGCCUACUAUGUUAGGCGCACCCAACAAAUAACAGAUAAAAGCUUUAGUUACAGUAGCAAUUGGUUUAGUUGACAAUUGGAAGAAUUUUUUUGACAAAAGUGACGUUUCAAAACGUUUUGGUUGUGAGCAAGGACCUAAAAAAUUAAUUGUUAACAAGGACCCAAUGGUCAAUGGUGUAUAGCAUGUUUGUUGUUUAGGACCCAAUAGAAAGAGGGGAUUUGAGGGAGAGGGAGAAAGAUGAUGAAAUCUAUGGUUCUCUUGUUGUCAUUGUACACUAUGGAAAAUCCCGCACCUUGAUCAACCUCAGGUUCGUGAACGAGAAAGGAUUUUGGAUUAUGGAUGAUGUUAGAGGCGGCUAAGAUCAUGUGCAUGGUGAACAACUUCACAAGGCCCUAAAAGAUAAGGGGUCCAAUUUUAUUAGUUGUCCUUCUAAAGGGGAAAAAAACCUAACACUAAUUGCAUACUAUUCCUUUCGAAUUUCAUAGAGUGUAAUGUUGGAUGCAAACUUAAGGAAAUUUCUAUUUGAUGUUUCUUCUUCUUCUAUUCUUCAAAAAGGACCCUUAAUGACUCUCCCAUCUAUUCCUAGUCACCAAAAAAAUUUAAUUUUUAUAAUUUAAUUUAGCAUAGGGCCCCUAAUUUUACGAGACGAUCCUGGAUGAUGUGCAAAGUUUGAAGUCUUUGGCAUACUUGUUUAAUGGCAGAAAAAGGAGAGAGGAGUGACAUAAUUGAGGGAGAGGAUAUGCAUGCACAAAACUGCAGCAGCCAUGUUAGAAAGAGGAGAGAGAAAGGGAUGAGGGGGAAGUUAUUGUAUCUCACGCAUGAGAAUUGAGAUUUAACAAGAAAGAGUUGAUUAAAUGAAGUCAAACCGUCGGAUAGCUGACUUCAUUGCCGGAGUAUGAAUAUUGGGUCCCCAACAACAAACAAAGUGUGUUAUCGGACCCUUGCUCACAACCAAAAUAUUUUAAAAGAUUCCUUUUGACAAAAACAAAAAAAGCAAUUGGAAACCUCUAAGAGAAAAUGAAUUAUGUAUACGCAGUUUGUCUUUUACGUUUGUUAAUGUGAAAGUUGGAUCAUUAUUAUUUUUAAUUACGAAUAAGUGGGAAACAUAAUUAAUGUAUCAAUUAAUAUUUAUAUGGUUAUAUAUAUGUUGAUAAUAGUAAUAAAAAAAUAUUAUUAAUUGUCA